AUGGACGGUCCUGCCAACCCCACCCUCGUAUCGAGAAUUCAUUCGCGCCACCGUUAUCAAGCCCGACAGGCUCCCCAGCAAAGGCUUCCUGCACCCGACCACCCUCAACCACACGACCAAUUCCUUCCCCCAGGACUUGGCGCAGCACCCAGAAGCAGAGAGAUUAUGAGCAGAGGCCAUCGCUUCUUCCACCGUCGCGCUGUGCUGGACAAUGUUGAAAUCGUCACGGUCCUUGCUACAGUCGACGAAGCUGGCAAUGUCAUCGCCCAGGAGACGCUACCACCUGUCCCACCACCAUCUUUGCCAGAUGUAGUCGCUACCGCCGUCGCCGCCAUGGCUUCUGCGGCGCCAGUCGCUCAGCCAGUUCAGCUGGCGCUUCCUUCGGCUGCGCUUGCUGUACCCGACGUUCCUGCGCUGCCCAUUCCUGCGCAGCCACCUGUGCCUGUGCCUGCUCCUGCGCUACCAUCGGUGGCUCCUGCCGUGCCCUCCUCUGUAGCUGUUCCCGUACUACCAGCUGUACCUGAUACCGCGCUGCCAAUACCCGAUACUGCGCUGCCCAUACCCGACACUGCAUUGCCUGAUAAAGCACUGCCUGUGCCUAAUCCUGCGAUUGCGGCACCCGUACCCGACCCUGCACUGCCAGCUGUAUCCACUCUUGUAACAUCUUCUGUGGUUGUUCCUACACUGCCAACUCUGUCUGCUCCAGCGCUGGCGGCUGUCGCUGUUCCUGCGGUACCAUCUGUCGCUGUUCCUGCAGUGCCAUCUGUACCUGUUCCUGUCCUCCCGUCUGUACCAGCAGUACCACCGUUUCCCACCGACCUGGUCGUCCCAACUGUCCCAGCGUAUCCUUUUCCAUCGCUGAACUAUGUCGCUCAACCCGUGGUUACAUCUACUUCGAGUGCUUCAACAUCAUCCUCAAUUCAAAGCACUGCAGCGCCAUCUCUCCCCUCUACUAUCAACUCGGCUGCCAACACGACCCUAUCAUACCUUGCUGUAUCAGUCAAUGCCGUCCCAACUCGCUCACCGUCUGCUUCACAGUCUCUUGCUGCUUCCACCAGGACGUCACUCACACAGGCAAUAAUCAGCUCACAGUCGGCUCGCAGCGUUGCCUCUGCUUCGAGUGCCCCAACUGCCUCGAGUGUCCCGACUACAACCGCGAAUUAUGGCGGCUGGGGUGGUAAUGCGCCUGGCACCGCAGGAGCCCCUGCUCCAACUACAUCAGCUACGUCGACCGCCGAUACCAACUCCAGCCCUAGUGCUCUUGAAACGCCCAAAGUCGUUGGUAGCGUUUUAGGGAGUCUUGCCGGAGUUGCCCUCAUCUUGGCCUUGAUAUUGUUUCUUUUGAAACGCCACAAGCAGAAGCGAGGCGGUGCUCUACAGCUCACUGGCGACGAUCAUCACCAGGAAAGCAACCGGUCCAUGACCCAGGCGCCUGCCCCAAGCAACACCCUUGUCCCUAUCGCCUUCCUCAAACGCUUUUCUGGUAUGUCUGGCAAGACGGCCGAGACUAGCACGAGCGCUGGUGAGCGGAGCUUUCAACGAGUGUCGGGUCGCAAGUUGCCAUCUGCCUUCAGUGAAGGCAUGACGUCUGAUCAAUUCUCUCGCGGAGGCACAAUGUCCGGUUCAUCAUUCUACCAAGACGAUCAUGGUCUCUAUGGCGGCACAGGUCUGUCUAAAGAGAUGGGUAAGGAGAUUGGCGAGAGUUCUGCCCCACGCGAAUCAGGACAGAUGAACUUUCGACCCAGCCCUGCAAGAACACCCAUCAUCCGCCAUCCCGACGAUGGCAAUCCUUUUGCAGAUCGUCACCACCUCAGUCCGCCACAUUCUCCUGUCGGCGAACUGCCUCCUAGAGGUACGCUCGGAAGAAGCUUGCCCUCGGCCGACGGGUCGCGCUCAAGCAAAUUCACCGAGAAUGUUUGA